UUUUGCAUUGAUUGGCUGGAGGAUGCCCUUUUCCCCGCGGCCAAAAAGGACUCGCAGCCCGCGUUGAGCGGAGCUGCAGGAUGCGCGUGAGGCCGGCGGCGGACGUGUGCUGCAUUUGCGGACGUCGGACACAACGAGAGCGGGCCUGCUGCGCCGGCGGGCCGCUCCAGCUCCAGCUCCAGCUCCUCCUCCUCCUGCAGCGGCGGCGGCGGCGGCGGCAGAAGCGCGGCACCUCUUCGGCUCCUCCUCUGCUCCUCGUCCCCCCUCCGCGGUGCAGGAGCAUGCUGCCGGCGUGAAGAAGGGAUGAGGCCGCGCACGGGGACUCCAGCGGGCCACAGCUGCGGCCUUCUUCUCACCACAGCCGGCGGCAGCCGAGCCACUGCGAACGCAACACCGCCACCGUCACAUCAGCAUCUUUGGUCAUCAGGCAGAUCCAGGAGCAUGAGCAGAACUUUGAGCUGCGGGAGCAGAUGUCUGGCUACAAGCGCAUGCGGCGGCAGCACCAGAAGCAGCUGAUCGCCCUGGAGAACAGGCUCAAGGCCGAGAUGGACGAGCACAGGCUGAGGCUGCACAAGGAGUUGGAGACGCAGGCCAACAACACGUACGCCGAGCUGGAGCGGCUGGCCAAGCGCCACGCCGCCCAGACCGACAAAGAGAUGAAGUCGGUGGCGGCGGAGGAGAGGCGCAUCCAGCAGCAGAUCGGCGCUCAGCAGAAGAAGGAGCUGACGUCCUUCUUGGAGAGCCAGAAGAGAGAGUACCGACUCUGCAAGGACAAAAUCAAAGAGGAGAUGAGCGAAGAGCCGUGCACCCCGAAAGAGGAGAAGCAAGAGCGUCUUUCGCGCCACAAGGAGACCAUUCAGCGCUCGCAGGCCGAGGAGGAAGCCAACCUGCUGGCGCAGCAGCGGCUCGUCUACGAGCGAAGCUGCCGGGCCCUCAAGCGCCGAAGUCUGCUCAGGAAGCACGACUUUGAGCAGGAGCAACUCAGAGAGGAGCUGAACAAGAAGAGGAGCCAGAAGGAGAUGGAGCACGCCCUGAUGAUCCGCCAGGACGAGGCCACCCAGGACCUGGAGCAGCGGCAUCUUCACGUCCUCCACAAGCUGCGCGUGGAGCUCAUGCGGCUGCAGCACCAGACCGAGCUGGAGAACCAGGAGGAGUACAACAGCCGCAGGCAGCACGAGCUCCUGCGCAAACACGCCUUGGAGCACAGGCAGCAGCCCAGAGACCUCAAGGCGCUGGAGCUGCAGAUCAAGAAGCAGUUCCAGGACACGUGCAAGGUUCAGAACAAGCAGUACAAAGCUCUGCGCAACCACCAGCUGGAGGUCUCGCCCAAAGCGGAGCACAAGAGUCUCCUCAAGGGGCUGAAGGAGGAGCAGACCCGCAAGCUGGCCGUGCUGGCCGAGCAGUACGAGCACUCCAUCAACCAGAUGACGGCCUCGCAAGCGAUGAGGCUGGAGGCGGAGCAAGAGGCCGAGUGCGAGGCCUUGAAGCAGCAGCUGAAGCAGGAGAUGGAGCUGCUGGACGCCUACCAGAGGAAGACCAAGUCCCAGAUGGAGAGCCAGCACGAGCGAGAGCUGCAGAAGCUGGAGCAGAAGGUCUCCAUCCGCCGGGCCCACCUGGAGCAGAAGAUGGAGGAGGAGCUUUCGGCUCUGCAGAAGGAUCGCAGCGAGAGGAUCAAAACUCUGCUGGAGCGUCAGGAGCGAGAGAUUUUGUCCUUUGACAGCGAGACUCGCAUCCUGGGCUUCGGGAGUCUGGGCUCUUUGGACUUGUUCCUCAAGGACGACAACAGAUGAAAGCGGACCAGCCGGCGGCCACCUUUUCCUUCCUUCCUUGCUUCCUUCCUUCCUUCCUUGCUUCCUUCCUUCCUUCCUUCCUUGCUUCCUUCCUUCCUUCCUUCCUUCCUUCCUUCCUUCCUUCCUUCCUUCCUUCCUUGCUUCCUUGCUUCCUUGCUUCCUUGCUUCCUUCCUUCCUUCACGCCGGAAGCCGGGCGGAUCCGGCCACUCGCCGUCUUGGGAUUAGGCGUCCGUCCGUCCCCCUUUGUCUGGAUUUUUGGUAUCAAGUGAAUAAUUCAGGAAUUUUUUUGCUAAAAUGGCCACUUUGAUAUGUUUCAGUGGAACUCCAUGGUGUGUGCGUGUGUGUGGAGAAGGGGUGGGCAAAGUGUGGCCUGGGGGUCAACGGGGCCAAAUCUCUUCUCCAAUCGGGCCCACGGUGGGCCAAAUGACUUUUUUUUUUUUCUGGAUGACGUCAUUGUAAAGUGCUGUUUUUCCCACCCACGGCACAAUCCAGAUCUUCUUCUGCUCUAAUGAGGCCAAUUGUCAGCAAAAGGUCCAAAUGUUACUUGAGAAGCAAGAUCCACUUUUGAUUUUUGACCUCUGCGGUUGAAAAUCCAAACGUGAGCACAAAACCUUUGCCCACCCCACGCCCGGGACAUGCUGGAAUGUGAGCUGACGACACCCACAACACCUCCCCGUGACGUUCUUCUUCUCCUUCUUCUGGUCCUUCUGGUUCUCCUGCUUUUCUCGUCAUCUUCUUGUCUUUCUUCUUCUGGUUCCUCAUCUGGUCUUUCUUCUCCUGGUUCCUCAUCUGGUCUUUCUUCUUCUGGGUCAUCCUUCUUUGUCUGAAGCUGCUUUCUUUUUUUUUCUUCCACUCCUUGUUGUUUUUCCGGAACGUGAACGUCGGCGCGGCGGCGUCAUGGCUUUUCUCAUUGCAUGCACUUUAUUAGGGACACGUGACGCAUGGCUCCGUUUGUAAA